AUGUUCAAUUCCACUGACACUCGCAACAUCUUCCAGGUUGAAGUGAAGACGGUGCUCAAACAAGAACCUCGCAUUCAAUUUCAAACGAAAUACAAAAUCAUGAACCUCACCACCGAGAAAUGGCUCUGUGCACGGGAUAUCCAUAUUAACCACGAUGAAAUAGCUACGGUCCUUAUCGCUGGACCCAAAGAGGAGGCCACCGAUUUCGAAUUCACCGAAGGCGAACAGACGGGCGUUAUUCCAUGGGGGGCCAACUGCAGUUUGCUCUUCUGGGGAAAUGAUGGGAGACCGAGAGGAUAUCUUGCGCAGUCUUUAAAGCAUGAGGCCUUACGCUCAUUGGGUGCAGUGCCUAAUGUUCCUGUCAACGAGGGGUGGUUGCGUCCACUGAAACUGCGGGGAGUUGCUCAUGGAGAGGCCUGA